AUGCCCAAGGCGCGGACGUAUACGGUGUGCGCGUCGUGCGGGGGCUGGGUCUAUGAUUGGAAGCUACAGAGGUCGGGUGGCUGGUGCGACAAGUGUAACGAUUUCAUCAACCCCGUCCUGCAGCACUCAAAGGACAAGGAGAAGCCGCCCUGGAGGAAGGAUGGCAACCCCACCCUCACGCCCGAACAGGAGCUGGAUGCGAUCAUCCAGAAGUUCGAGGCCCAGCAGGGUGGUUACAAGGUGCAGGUCGACUUGCAGGCCCUCCGCGACUUCAAAGGCCAGGUUGUUGAGGCCAUCCCGAAGAAGCCGAAGCGUGAGGUCCCCCAGAGCCUGGCUCUCAAGCAGGCUGUCAACAAGAAGGAACAGGCACAGAAGGAGUUGGACACGGCGACGUCGGCGGUUUUACUGGCUCAGAAGCGCAUGGAGAGAGCGCUGCUGGCCCAGGAUGAGGCGGCGGCUCGCAUGGAGGAGGCAGAGUUCGAGCACGCGAAGGUUUUGGAUGAGUACUACACCAGGACGAAGCCGUCGCCUCUGGUGGUGCCGCCUGAUCCCAAUAAGGAGUGGAAGGCCCCUGAGGUCGACGAGGCGAUCUUCGAGGACCUGGAGGAGUACCAGCCCGAGGAGCGCGACAAGCUGCUCAAGUUCAAGGCGGACAUGCAGGCGCUUGCGGAGCUGGUCAACAACGCGUAUGCACAGUACAAGCAGUCCGACAACCUGGCGAAGCCGGCGAAGGAGAUGCGAAAUGCGCACCUGGAGUUCCUCAAUGAGCCUGGCAACGACAUGGACGUUUUCAUGAUGUGCGAGACACAUCUCGCGGCAGCGAAGAUCAAGGAUGUGACGAUGGCGGUGGCGACGGAUGGGUGGAAGCUCAUGGCGACGGCGGCUAUGAGCACGGGCCGCUCCACCACGGGCACUUCUGGAGGUGAAUGCAUCGCCAUCAGGUCGCAUGUGGCAGCCACAGGUUAUGACGACCUGAGAAGGAAGAUGGACAAGGAGGGCUACUGCGACCCGUUCGUGGGGUUCUCCGCGGCCACGGUCCACUUGAAGGGAGGCAACGUGGUGCUCGUGUCGGGCUACCUGCUCCCGAAGGAUGGGUUCGGCGGCGCCAACCAGGCGCGCAUUGCGGCAAUGUCGGCGUUUGUGAAGUCGCUCACGGACCCGUGGGUGAUCAUGGCGGACUGGAACAUCCCCUACGGGAAGAUGCAGGAGAAGCAGAAGCGCCACGACCGCCUUGACACGGAGUACAAGAACGCUCUCAACGAGAUGAUAGAGGGUGACCACGAGGACACGGAGGACGUACCAUACUUCAUACCGCUGGACUUGUGGCAGAAUACGGUAAAGUAUACGCAUACCCACUUUGAGCUGACGGAAGAAAUCAAGAUGAUGGAUGACUACCUCACGUACGACAGCCGGGAGACCUGGGACGCUGAGCAUCAUCUCACAAAGGAGUACGGCCAGUGGAUCACGCGUGUGGAGAAGGCAACCCUCGUCGCGAGCCGCAUUGACGAGACGCAGCACGACGCUUACAUGGGGCGAGCGGCUGGUCUGGGAGUCAGGCAGGUACGUGCGAGGCCUACACCAGGGCGUGCACACCUGAAGUAUGCGGCGGCAGAGCAUUGGAGCAUUUGCACGACUUUGCUCACGAGGUACCUGGCUCUGCGGAGACGCGACUCGGAUCCGAGGCAGCAGAGGCAGUGCGCGAAGCAGUUCACGGAGGAGAUCAGGGUGCUGAAGGAGCUCAACCAGGACGAGGUCUUCGGCAAGAACAUCGCGGAUGAUGAAAAGAAGGCGGUGUACGAGACGGCCCCUGCUGUCAAGACUAUGGGUGUGCAGGACCUGGAGGAGUACACCCACAAGGUGGAGCGCCAUGCGACCAUUGCCCAUGCGCGUGGCAUUACCAUUCAGAGGCAGGAGUUUGUCAAGCGGGCGAAGCAGAUUUGGGCCAAGGCACCUGGCGCGCUACACCGUCAUGUGAAGGAGAAGGUCGCGGACCCAGACACGGUGAUGUCGCACAAGUCGGAGUUCUGGGCUGGCAUCUGGACUGACCCCGUUGACACCAGACAGCAGCUGCAGGAACUGCUCCACCAGCUCGCGAAGGAGGCGACGGAGGAGGAACUGCCUGACCUCACCGUGGAGAGUAUCGACAGA